GGCAGGUAGAGCGACUUUCCGUGUGUUCGUAGAGACUUAACAAGGGAGCUGUUGUUUUUUUGUUCUGUUAUAUCCAUAGAACUAUCUGAAGUGAUUGAAUACUUGCAGCGAAAACAAUUAAAAUAGUAAUUAGUGGCUAAUUAAGUGUCAAGCUUAUUGACACUUUGAAGACGCCAGGCUGUUUUUUUGUUUACACCGGAAUAUUUUGGGAUACGGGAGAUUUGUUUGCAAGCGACACUUUUGGAAAAGGUAAACCCCCUUCAGUAAUGGAGAAUGUUACGAGGUUGUGUUUAGUGUAAAAUGCCGACAACGUUUUCCCUCCAGUAUCAGCGCAGUUUUAUAUUUAAGUUUGUCGAUAAACUUUCGUCUUCCUUUUGCAGUCGUUCUCGGUUUAAAAUGUAGCCCGGUUGUGCGAACGCGAUCCACUUGGCAUGACUCAGAGACGCAACAACCUGGCGUUCCCAGUGCUUCUGUUUUGGAAACACACAGUUUUCUUCCAGAGACGCACUCUCACAGCUUCACGCCUCGCCAAAAUUCACUUCCCACAAAGAGCGACGAGGAGGAUAAUGCACUCACAGCGGCUCCGUUAAGCGGUCUAAUUCCUUUUAUUUUAUUAUUAUUAUUUUUGGAUAAAGUAUUAGUAAGAACGAUGAGCAGCGGUCUCUCUAUCGUCUACGAGUGGCUGAAAACCCUGCAGCUGACCCAGUAUGUCGAGUCGUUCGUGGAUAACGGCUACGACGACCUGGAGGUGUGUAAGCAGAUUGGAGAGCCCGACCUGGACGCGAUCGGGGUGUUUCCUCCACAUCACAGACUCAAAGUUCUCCGAGCAGUGCAGAGACUUCGCGAGGAGGACAAGAAGCUGGCUCCGGGGCUUUACUUCACAUUAGAGCCACUUCCAGAUGUCUCCAGUGUUUACUGUAAAGCCAUGGGCUCUCACUGGGACAGAGAAGGACUUGAGCUGUCCAAUAACAAUAAUCUCCUCCGUGGAGGCCCUCCAGAUCCAGUGACUUACCCGAAACUUAAGAUGAAGAUCCUGAUCCGAGAUAAGCUGAUCAAGGAUGGGAUAGACCUGAGUAAGCCCCCUUACUCAUUUAAGGAUGGCUCUUUGGGAAACAUUGAGGAUUUGGCUAAGGAGUACUCAGUGUAUUACAGCACAUCUUACAGUGAAGUGUGUGAAAGGAUGGAGGAGCUUCGCAAGCGUAAAGUGGCUCAAGAAGCAGAGAUUGCAAAUACUGAGUCAAUUACAUCACUUCAGCUGCGCUCAGAAAUUCAGGAGUCCCUGGGGCUGAGCAGUACUGUGUCCACUCCUGAAGUUGAGAGAAGGCUGUUGAUCAAGUCAGGCUCAGAAGAUGGAUCUGGAGGAAAAUGGGACAGAAAGAAAAACAAAUCCUUCUGGCAGAAUUUCCGGAAGUCACAGAAAGGCAUCACACGCCAGACGUCAAAAGCUGAUGACCUUGGCUUUGUAGCCAGUGAAAUCACAAUGAGCGAUGAAGAACGCAUCCAGCUCAUGAUGAUGGUGAAGGACAAAAUGAUAACUGUAGAAGAGGCCUUGGCUCGGUUGAAAGAGUAUGAGGCUCAAAAUCGUCAGUCUAAUACCAGAGACCCAAUCGAGGGGACUGAUGCCUCCAGUCCUACUAUGAACGAGCUCUUGAUAAACUUUAAUUCACAGGACCAGUCAGAUGAUGAGCUGGAGGACUCUGCAGCUUUUAGCAGGCUUCAUAAGCUGGUCAAUUCUACCCGACGUGUGAAGAAGAAGCUUAUUAGAAUAGAUGAGAGCAAGAAAUACACAUCAAAAGACUCUUUGAGCUCUGACUUCUCUCCUACAUGUGAGGAAAAGGCCUCUCUCUACUCAGGUGUACAGAAGCAUCUGGAAAUGUCUCAGGGUGAUGGAUUGGCCUCAAAUCUGCAUGUGGAUGGAGACUCAGACAGCCUGACCACCUCUCCGUCCUCCAGCAGCCUGGACACCCACAGUGGCCAUAAGCAGUUCAACCCAUUUGCCAGUAGCCAGGGGCUAAGCUACCCUCCCACAGGGCCCAGUCAGGAAACUUCAGUGAUGGACGGGGAUUGCCGCUCAACCUUUUCAGAAGCUGAGGGCUACAGUGAGGAGGAGCCCAGGUUAAGUCGUUCAGUGACAGAUGGGGAAAUGAGACGAGCCCUGAGUCCCUCUAAAUUACAUGGGAGGGCAUGUAGCUUUGGAGGGUUUGACCUAAUGAACCAGUCUGUAUACACGAGACACAGCUGUAACACUCAUAGUGAUAAUGGGACCAUCAGCAGGAGCGAUGCAACAAGGUCACCAACUCCGUCCCGCAUUUCUCUUGGGAAGAAGGUGAAAUCAGUGAAGGAGACCAUGAGGAAACGCAUAUCCAAGAAAAGUAGUUCUGUUCUGUUUGAACAGAUGAGUCCAAGCAGAGAGCCUGAGUCACUCCAGUCCCCCCACACUGACACAGAAUCACGGGAAAAACACAAGCUCAAGUCCGGCGGUUCUGUUGAGAGUCUGAGAAGUUCACUCAGUGGACAGAGCUCAAUGAGUGGCCAGACAGUAAGCACCACAGACUCCUCGGCAAGUAACAGAGAGAGUGUGAAGUCAGAGGACGGUGAUGACGAGGAGUUGCCUUACAGAGGGCCAUUUUGUGGCCGAGCCCUUGUACACACUGACUUUGUUCCCAGUCCCUAUGACACAGAUUCCCUUAAACUCAGGAGAGGGGAUGUAAUAGACAUAAUCAGUAAACCUCCAAUGGGUACAUGGAUGGGCCUUCUGAAUAACAAGGUCGGGACCUUUAAGUUCAUCUAUGUAGAUGUUCUGAGUGAAGAAGGUGAAAAACCUAAGUGCAGCGUCAGGAAGAGAAGGAAGAGCCGGCCUCCCAAACCCACUUCUGUCGAAGAGCUUCUAGAGCGCAUCGAUCUCAAAGAGCACAUGCCCACAUUCCUAUUUAAUGGAUACGAAGAUCUGGAAACGUUUAAGUUGCUGGAGAAGGAGGACCUGGAUGAGUUGAAUAUCAGGGACCCACAGCACAGAGCAGUGUUGAUGACUGCAGUAGAGCUACUGCAGGAGUAUGACAUUAACAGUGACCCUGAGAAUGCCAGCUCCUCUGUAGAACCAGAGACAGAGGUUCAGUCGGAGACAUCGGCUCCUUCAAGAGAUUCUCCACGCGACUCUGGUUGCUAUGAGAGCAAUGAGAAUCUGGAGAAUGGGAAAGGCAAAAAGACAUCUUAUUUAAGCAGGUCAUCAUCAGGCUUUGAGUCCAGUCAUCUCCCGUCUCCAGAGUUCCCCACUCCUCCUUUCAGCCAGUCCAGCAGCAGCCAGGAUCCACAGUCCCUCUUGCCAUCUUUCCAGAUACCAUCCAUCGAAGCUGUUCACUUUGGGACAUGUCGCUCCCUGCUCAACAUUAAGUCAUUCAGUCAGAGCUAUGAUGAGUUGCCUUGUGUCCCAGUACCCCAAGGCUUUUGGAAACGUUCUCUUUCAUUGGAUUAUCAGAUCCUUCACAGGGACGUGCAGUACAGCCCAGAAGACUUCACACCCACUCAACCAGUCGAACCUGAUUCUCUGUUGGAAAGGUUUAGCCCUGCUGAGCAAAAUGAAGUUAUAACAUCCCAUCCCUGUGCCAGCCAAGAGGAUGAAUCUGAAGAGCAAGGCACAGGAGAUGAGCUGACUUCUGUUGACUCCUCCACAGAUGUGGAGAACGAGGAGGUACCUGUGGAUAGUGCUGAAACAUCUCCAUCUGAUCCUCCUUUAAAACCCCACCGCAUAAAACCUCCAGUUCCUCCUAAACCUUUUCCACUGCCAUUUGUAAAUGACAAAGAGUCGACAAACCCUGACAAGAAACAUGCGUUUCAAAGCUCCUUGGUAUUACACAAAGCAGACACCACCUCUGGUAUACCCAAGUCCAGCAAACCUUUUAUCCACAGGCUGGGAAAGAAGGUGCAGCAUGCUCGAUCCAUUAAUCUGGAGUUACUUGUAGAAGAGAAGCUGAGCUUGGAUGGUAUAGACCUCACAGAGGAGCCCUAUUCUGACAAGCAUGGCCGUUACAGAGUCCCGUUCUCCCUCAUUCAAAGAUACUCUGAAGAUUUGGAGAAGCCUUUGGGGGAUAUUGCCACAGUAAUAGAUCAGACCAGAGUCCAGCUGCUUUGCAAACAGCACCGCAUGGCAAUCCCACUGAAAGGAUUAUCAGAAAUUUGUAUAAAGCUAUAGUCCUUUGUGUGAUGCUGGAUCCCAGGCCUUCAUGUUGUCUUUCUGGUACAGAUGCUUGAUCGAGCAACUGUCUGAUAAUACCGUAGAUCACAGCAGCACACGGGCAUUAAGGACAUAAAUCUAAAAGGGCUGAUGCCAAACAUGUUGGAAUAAAAGAAGAAUGCUACUGACUGGCUUGAAGGGAACUGUAUACUUUUUAAGAUUUAACUUCUUUUUAAAAUUAAUUCUUUUUUUUAAGGUCACUUUAAUGCGGUUUUACAAAAUAUACCACAAUACCUAAAAACAUUAUUACAAUAAACAAAAUGUGUCACAGUUAAGGUCUGCAAACUGACAAAAUAGUAAAAUUGCAUUUAAGUAAAUUUUUGCAAAAUAUUUAGGUAAUACAUUUAUAUAUUAACUAGGGUUUUAAAAAAAAACCUUAACACGAAAUAAAAAACAAAUCUGUACAUAAUUAAGUUUUAACAUUUAACCAUUUUUCAAUAUUCGGUACAAUGUUUUAAUACUGCUUCUAAUCUUAAUUUUUUUUAUUGUGAUACCAGUAUCGCUACGAUAUCAUGAUGUUGCCCAGUCAUUGUUUCAAAUAGGGUUUUGUGAAAUCGGAUACAUACUUGCUUUAAUUUGGAUUUUUAUUCUUUUAUGAUUAUAUAGAAUGCAAUUAAUUCAUGUUUAUCCAGCACCAGAUUACCAUCCUGAAAACUUUUUAAAUCUUAAAAUCUAAAUUUUGCUAUUAAUUGUUAAAUAUGACUCCUGCCUUUUAUGUAUAUAGUAAUUCUAAAAUAUUUGCUCUCUAUGAUGACUUGUAUAUUUGCAUUUGUUUUAAAAUGUGUUAAGUCUCAUCUUGAAAAAUGAAGAUCGUAAUUAAAAAUUCCCAAAAUCCUGGCUUUAUUAUGGAACAACUGGAUUAGUGGUUCUCAAUUCCACUGAAGCCUUACAGUUUAGUUCUUUACAGAUGUUCUCAAUUCUUCUUGUUUGGUUCCUUAGUUUAAAAUGAAAUGUGGAAUUUAGUCCUGUAUAUAAAGCAACAGAAAGAAAAAUCCAUGCGUGUGUUUAAUUAAAUUUGAGGGUCACACACUUUGCUACUGGAGCAGUUCUGAAAUCUAAAUAGUUGAAUGAUCAUGUUGAAAGUUGAAUGUUACUUUUUGUAAAAGAUGGUAAGGAUUAUGUUUUUUUUUUUUUUUGGUUGGAUAUUUGUGAUGGCAUGUUCUCUAAGUGUGUUAUAAUUUCUAUAUAUUUUUUCAAAGAAAUUAUCAAACUAAAUAUUUAUUUUUUUCAUCAUUACAGAUACUCUGUAUUGUCAUUACAUACUUUUAAUCUUCUCAAAUGGCUUAAAUGGUCUUGUGUGUAGAUUAUACAAAUGGACUUAACUUCUUAGGGA